AUGACCAUUCGAUCAUCAUCAUCAUCAUCAUGGAAUCCCUAUGCUGAACAAUCGUCGGACAAGGAUGAUGACGAAUCCGCCAAGAAGAACAAGAAAGCACCGCAACAUAAUCAAACUACUAGUAGUAAUUACACGGGGGUACGAAUUGACAUGGCAGGACAAUUGCUCUCUGGCAUGAUGAUGAACAAUAACAACAGCAGCAAUUAUGAUUACAACGAUAUUAUUGGGAGCGGUGAGGAACCAAUGGACAGUGUCGAACUGGGAAUGAAAGAACAGGAAGAACAACAUCGUUGGCGAAACGAUAACAACAACAACGCAAAAGAUGAUGAUUUUCCUAUUCCGCCGCCACCUCUGACGACCAGUCCACGGCAGCAAAAUCAUAAGGAAACCAAUACUUCCACUACUACGACAGACGAAGAAGAAGGCAGAAAUUAUGCCCAAGCAAUGGAAUUGUCGGUCCCACCUAGGACUCUGAACGUAGAGAGAACCAACAAGGAACUCAGGUUGGAGAACUUGCGAUGUUGGAAGUACCAAGGACGAAUGGUCAUUGUGUGUGCCGUUAUCAUGAUCAUCUUUAUCUUUUUAUCAUUUUAUACAAGGGAAGGACACAAUGAACUUGCAUGGGAUUAA